UUUCUGUGUGUUGGUCAGUAUCGGAUUGAAUUUCGCGGAGAAAGGUUCGAAAAAUUUAAUUUUUUUAAAGAAAUUUUGAAUUUUUUGUCGAUUUGAAGAGAUUUUUUCGAAAAAAUGGUCAUUAAUUUUGGAGCAGGUCCCGCAAAAUUGCCGGAAGAGGUUUUAGCUGAAGUUAAAGAGUCUUUCCUGAAUUAUGGCGAUUCUGGGAUGAGCGUUAUGGAGAUGUCGCAUCGCGGAGGACAUUAUAACAAGAUUCACAAUGACACGAUUCAAGCUGUGAGGGAUUUGAUCAACAUUCCCGACAAUUACAAGGUCCUUUUGAUGCAAGGAGGCGGCACGGGACUCUUCGCUGCGGUUUGCAUGAACCUUAUGGGACGCACAGGCACUGCCGAUUACCUCGUGACGGGAUCAUGGUCAUCAAAAGCCGCCAAAGAAGCAACGAAAUACGGAAAAGUGAACCUCGUUGUGCCCAAAACUGACGUUUUUACGGGAGUUCCUGAUCCAUCGACGUGGAAAACGGAUCCAAAUGCUUCGUAUUUCUAUUAUUGCGACAACGAGACAGUUCACGGAGUCGAAUUUGGAUUUGUGCCUGACGUUAAAGUGCCUCUUGUGUGCGAUAUGUCGUCAAAUGCGCUCUCGAGGAAGGUCGAUGUGUCGAAAUUCGGGGUUUUGUUCGCCGGAGCGCAGAAAAAUAUCGGUCCAGCGGGCAUUACGUUGGUUAUUGUGAGAGAGGAUUUAUUGGGACAAGCACUGCCUAUUACGCCGAGUGUGAUGGAUUUUACGGUUACGGCGAAGGAUAAUUCGAUUCAUAAUACGCCGCCAACUUUUAUAAUUCACGUCAUGGGUCGCGUUUUCGAAUGGAUCAAACGCAAAGGCGGCGUCGAAGCAAUGAACCAAAAUGCCCUCACAAAAUCCCAAUUAAUCUACAAAACCAUCGACAACUCAAACGGUUUUUAUUCGUGCCCAAUCGACGUCAAAAGUCGCAGUCGAAUGAAUGUUCCGUUCAGAGUUUGCAAAGACGGCAAAGGAAACGACGACUUGGAAAAGGAAUUCUUAAAAGGCGCCGAAGCUUUGGGAAUGAUGCAAUUAAAGGGACAUCGCUCAGUUGGAGGCAUUCGUGCCUCAUUGUACAACGCCGUAACUGUCGCAGAAACUGAAGCUCUUGCAAAGUACAUGACGGAAUUCCAACAAAAACAUCAAUAAGUCGUACAAAAAUUUAUUUUUUGAACAUUCCAAUUGCUUUUAAUAAACGCCUUCCUUUUUAAAAAUCA